CAUAGUAUUGCGGGUAUUAUCUUCAACUCACUUUCGUCUUUUCUCUCUCUAUAUUUCUGAGCUGAAAACUACAAAACCUUUUAAGCCUUUUUCUCUCUCUCUCUCUCUCUCUAUUUCUGCUUUUGUUGGACAUGAGAAGUAGCUUUUUGCAAGUCAAGCAUGCAGAUAUUGAGAUAACACCAAAUCAAGAAAAGGCCUCCAUACUAGGGUUUUCUUGAAGUUUUUCAUCUGGGCUCUCCCUUUUUCUUUUAUCUUCAUCACCACAAUUGAAAAGAUUGGAUUUUUUUGAGUGGGAAGGAGAGAUUUAGGUGUGGAGAGAGAGGGAUAGAGAAGGAAGAGCUAAGCAGCAAGAACAAUAAGGGUUUUCUUUGCUUGCCUUCUUUCUCUUUCUUUCUCUCACUGUAAACAUCUCAGAGAGGCAGCUGGAGACAUUUGGAUUUGGGCCUUGUGUCUCCUCUACCUCUCUAUUCUUUUCUCCUAAUUUCCUUUCUUCUUGUUUUUUUUUUCUCUUCUCCUACUUACUACAAGCAUUUCUUUUUCUUGUUUGAAUUCUUUUCCCUGUAGUGUGAAAAACAUAAUUGUACUUACAAACGUUUCUUGAAGCAACCCACUAAAUUUCUGUUGUCUGAUAUACUAGUAUAUAUAUACAGUCCAUGAUCUAGCAGAUUUUUCUUCAAGGGUUCACUGUGUGUGAAACUGUUGGGAGCUUUGGGGGGGAGAGAAAUAAAAGAAAAAAGUCGAGAAGGAAAGGAAAAAGGGAGCAGAAAAGGAAAGGUGUCCCGUGUUUAUUUAGAUUGAGUGAAGUGAACGGAAAACAAAACUCUGAAAUAGGGCAUUAUUUCAUGAAUUUUGGGGACUUUCUUGAUAACAAUUCUUGUGGUGGUGGCGGUGCAAGAAUUGUUUCCGAUAUACCUUACAGCAACAGCAACAGCAACAAUAAUAACGCCAUUACUAGCGAUAUCAACAGCAUGCCCACCGGUGCAAUUGCUCACCCCCGCCUUGUGUCUCACUCUCUCACUACCAAGCCCAUGUUCAACUCUCCUGGCCUCUCUCUUGCCCUCCAAACGAGUAUGGAGGCGCAAGGAGAUAUGGCAAGAAUGGCGGAGAAUUAUGAGUUGAGUAAUGUUGGUGGAAGAAGAAGCAGAGAUGAAGAGCAUGAGAGCAGAUCUGGGAGCGAUAACAUGGACGGUGCCUCUGGAGAUGAUCAAGAUGCUGCCGACAAGCCACCAAGGAAGAAAAGAUACCACCGACACACCCCUCAGCAAAUCCAAGAACUUGAGGCUCUUUUCAAGGAGUGUCCUCAUCCUGAUGAAAAGCAAAGAUUGGAGCUUAGCAAAAGGCUUUGCUUGGAGACCCGGCAAGUCAAGUUUUGGUUUCAGAAUAGAAGAACUCAGAUGAAGACACAACUAGAACGCCAUGAGAACUCAAUACUUAGGCAAGAGAACGACAAGCUCCGAGCUGAAAAUCUAUCUAUAAGAGAGGCAAUGAGGAACCCGAUCUGCACCAACUGUGGCGGUCCGGCCAUAAUAGGCGAAAUAUCCCUUGAAGAGCAACACCUCAGAAUCGAAAAUGCCAGGCUGAAAGAUGAACUAGAUCGCGUUUGUGCGCUUGCUGGCAAGUUUUUAGGCCGUCCUAUUUCGUCUCUGGCAGCACCAAUGCCUAAUUCAAGCUUGGAACUUGGUGUUGGAAGCAAUGGAUUCGGAGGCUUAAAUACCAUUCCUUCAACAAUGCCAUUAGUUGUCCCUUCUGAUUUUGGGAUGGGGAUUUCGAGCCCGUUGCCUAUGGUAACUCCUAAAGCAACAAUGAACAUAUCCCCUAUUGAAAGAUCACUGGAGAGAUCUAUGUAUUUGGAGCUUGCUUUGGCUGCCAUGGAUGAACUGGUGAAAAUGGCACAAACAGAUGAGCCCCUUUGGCUUAGGAGUUUGGAAGGUGGCAGAGAAAUACUGAACCAUGAGGAAUAUCUUAGAACAUUCACACCUUGCAUUGGUAUGAAGCCUAAUGGCUUUGUCACUGAGGCCUCAAGGGAGACUGGCAUGGUUAUCAUCAACAGUUUGGCGCUUGUCGAGACAUUAAUGGACUCGAACAAAUGGGCAGAAAUGUUUCCAUGUAUAAUUGCCAGAACCUCAACUACAGAUGUGAUAUCUAGUGGUAUGGGAGGAACAAGGAAUGGUGCACUUCAGCUGAUGAAUGCUGCCCUCCAAGUCCUAUCACCACUUGUUCCAGUUAGAGAGGUAAAUUUUCUCCGGUUCUGCAAACAGCAUGCAGAAGGCGUGUGGGCCGUUGUUGACGUCUCCAUCGACACCAUCAGGGAGACGUCAGGUGGCCCGACAACGUUUCCCAACUGCCGGAGGCUCCCGUCCGGCUGUGUGGUACAAGAUAUGCCUAAUGGCUAUUCCAAGGUUACAUGGGUGGAACAUGUUGAAUAUGAUGAGAGUGUGGUCCAUCAGCUCUACCGCCCGCUGAUAAGCGCCGGCAUGGGCUUCGGUGCUCAACGGUGGGUGGCCACCCUCCAAAGACAAUGCGAGUGUCUUGCCAUUCUCAUGUCGUCCACCGUGCCUGUCCGAGAGCAUACAGCUAUAACUGGCGGUGGACGGAGGAGCAUGUUGAAGUUAGCCCAACGAAUGACCAACAACUUUUGUGCUGGGGUCUGUGCGUCAUCGGUUCACAAAUGGAACAAACUCCGAACGGAGAAUGUGGAUGACGAUGUCCAGGUCAUGACACGGAAGAGUGUGGACGACCCUGGUGAGCCGCCGGGCAUCGUGUUGAGCGCAGCCACCUCGGUGUGGUUGCCGGUGUCCCCUCAGAGGCUGUUUGACUUCCUCCGGGACGAACGUCUGAGGAGUGAGUGGGACAUCCUCUCCAACGGUGGACCCAUGCAAGAAAUGGCGCACAUCGCCAAAGGCCAAGACCAUGGCAAUUGCGUUUCGCUCCUACGUGCAAGUGCCAUGAACUCCAGCCAGAGCAGUAUGCUGAUACUCCAGGAGACAUGCAUAGACGCGGCCGGAUCGCUUGUGGUGUACGCGCCCGUUGACAUCCCGGCAAUGCACGUGGUGAUGAACGGUGGAGAUUCCGCUUACGUCGCGCUGCUUCCCUCCGGAUUCUCAAUCGUGCCCGACGGGCCGGGCUCCCGUGGCCCGCCCAGUAAUGGGCCCACCAGCAACGGUGGGGCGACCCAUCGGGUAAGUGGGUCCCUCCUGACCGUGGCCUUUCAGAUCCUGGUGAACGCCUCCCUACGGCCAAGCUCACGGUGGAAUCGGUGGAGACCGUCAAUAAUCUCAUCUCCUGCACCGUCCAGAAAAUCAAGGCCGCACUCCAUUGCGAAAGCUGAUGAUCGUGAGGCUCCUUUACGCAUCUGAUGAUUUUCUUUCUUUUUUUUUUUUUUUAAAUUUACUUUUUCAAUUUCGAGGGUAAAUUUAAUGGUAAGGGUUGUUUUGUAAUUGUGUGCGACAUAUUUUUAUAGGGUAAAAGAAUUUAAUUAGAUGUGAGGAGUUUGUUGUAAUUUUGAAAAUGUAAUUCUACUUGAGAUAUAAUGACUGGAAAUAUAGGGGGUGAGUCAAGAACGAACCGCGGCCAGGGUGGUAUGGUAGGAGCGGGGCGGCAGUUCUUAGGGUGGUGGUUCGGGUAUUGACUCAGUAGUACCCCGAGUUGGCUCAAGUGUGUGGUGACAUGGAUUUCCCCUUUUUUGGGUCGUUUGACUACUACCUACUACUAUUUAACCUUGCUUUCUUCCUAA